AUGUCCACUCACACCACUGCACCCCCACCCAUGUACGACGCGGAGGGCGACAGCGCUAACAUCUAUCUGUGCAUUGACUCUACAUCGGCCAGCACGAUGCCCGACGAGCACGACAACCCGGAACCUAUUCCGUUCGUUGUGAUGCUCAUCUAUGGGCCAACUAACGCUCUCACGCUCCUGUUCCCCACCGAUGAGUGUACCAAAGUCACUCAGGCUCAGAUCGAGGUGUGGCUGCACUUCGCGCACGGUCCAUUCUGGACACAGUGUGGGGCCUCAGACGAGCAGCUGGAGAGUCUGGUCGCGAUCAUCCUCGUGUACCGCGUGUUUGCGCUCGGGCAUCCGGGCGUGGAUCGCGACGACUUCUAUCUCUUUGCCGCACGCCUUGUACUCGCCGCCCACGAGCUACACCCUCUCGAACGUGCGGAUGACAAGCUCGCUAAGCUCGUAGACUGGCUCAACGUGAACCUGCCGGCUAGCAUCUUCGACGCUGAUGCUCACAACAUAUCCGGCGCUCACACUUCGCCUGGCAGCGCUCCAGGUCCCUCCAACGCUGACAGUGCAUCGGCGAGCUCAGCCACCGGUCCCGACUCCGGCAACAACGCGCGUGGGGGUGAUGCACCGCGCUCUCUCACGGCUGCCAUUAGGGCAUUGCAUCUGGCUGAUGAGUUACAGUUUGUGCGUUCCUUUGACGAUGACACAUCCUCGGACGACGGCAAAGGCGCCAUGGGUGGGUUCGGUAAAGGUUCGGAUAGUAAGUUGUACAGUACCAAUAACGGCUCCAUCCCCAGUCUUGUGUCCGUAGGCUCCAGAUCUGACUGCCCCUAA